AUGGCUCAAACUCUAUAUUUCCCUCUUCUCCUCAUUGCUCUCUGCUCCAUAUCUAAAUGUGUUCAGCGUCAGUAUCACUUUAUAAAUGAGACGAAGGAAUGGGCUGAUGCUCAGAGUUACUGCAGAGAGAAAUACACAGAUCUGGCCACCAUUGACAACAUGAACGACAUGAUCCAGCUGAACAAGAGUGUGAAUCUGAAUGAUGAAGUCUGGAUUGGUCUUCGGGGUACAAAUGAUUAUAAAUGGCAUUGGUCUUCAGGUGAUCCUGUGCUCUUUCUGAACUGGGCAUCUGGACAACCAUACAGCGGUGAUAAUUGUGCUGUUAUGAGUAAUGGACAGUGGUUUGUUGGGGCAUGUACUGCCACCUGGACUUUCAUCUGCUACAACAUGAGCACUGGACUGGUGUUUGUCAAUCAGAACAUGACCUGGAGAGAUGCUCAGAGUUACUGCAGACAGAAUCACAUUGAUCUGGUCAGUGUGAGGAACCAGAAUGAGAGUCAACAGCUGGAGGAGUUCAUUAAUGACAGUCAGACAUUUGGAUCUGAAGUCUGGAUUGGUCUGUUCAGAGACAUAUGGCAGUGGUCAGAUCAGAGCAACUCCUCAUUCAGAUACUGGAAAAGUGGUGCACCUCAAGCUCCAGAUGAUAAACACUGUGCAGCUGUUGAAAACAGUGUUCAUGGACAAUGGGGUGACUACUUGUGUAGUGGUAAAUGGGAAUUUCCUUUUGUGUGUCAUGAAGAUAAACUGAUUGUGAUCCAGCAGAAUCUGUCGUGGUCUGAAGCUCUGAGAUACUGCAGACAGCAUCAUGUGGAUCUGGUCUCGGUUCAGUCAGUAGAGAUUCAGCGUCAUGUGACGAACGUGGUUAAACUGGCGUCUACUGAGGCGGUGUGGUUGGGUUUACGUCACUCCUGUGCUUUGGGCAUCUGGUUCUGGGUGAGUGGACAGACCGUGUGCUAUCAGAACUGGGCUCCAGGGAACGGCACAUCAGAGGAGGACUGUGAGCCCACAGUGAGAUCUGGAGCAGUUCAGUCUGGAGGAGAUCAGAGCUGGAUCAGCCGUCCUGAAACUGACCAACUCAACUUCAUCUGCACAAACUACUGAGAGUGAAGAAGUAAGAUGAGGAGUUUGUUCUGUUUUCAUUUAAAAUUAGAUUGUGAAGUAACAUUUUACAUAAUAUUUUACAUUUUACAUUAAUGCUGAGUUCACAGCAAGUGUGAAGCAUUGCUUAUCUUGCUCUGGAUUAGAGUGGGAUGUUUCUUGGCUCUUUUCUGCACGGGUUUAAUUUUUUAACUUGUGCAAAAGAAGUGAUAAUCUUUGUAUGUGAUCUACCUGCAUGGACACUUAAUUUCAUACUAGUUGUGAACUCAGCAUUAGAGUACAGUAGUGAUUGGUGGUUUUGAAGCACAGCUUUGUGGGGAUUUGGCAUCUUUGAGAAACUAAUGGUUUUGAGCUCAAAUCUAGUUGACAGAGUCAUUAUUUCAUCAAAUCAAGCUUUAUGUUGUACCUCAUGCAAAAUGAUUUCAUUUUUCAAUGGUUUGUCAUUAGAGUGAACCUUCCAUGAACCCUUGUCUAUAUAAUUACUAUAUGACCUCUUCAGUUUUAUACAUUCUUAUACAUUUUAAUGACACAUUUGGAAUGAAGAGUUGUGAAAUAUUUACUAUCCUCUUGUGUUAUGAAUGUUUCACAGAC